AUGUACAAAAAAAUUUGCGUCCGAAACGCCAAGGUAAACGCCAAAAAUUUUUGCGCCCACCUAGUGUUAGCCCCCCCCCCCCCGAAACCGACCCCCUGGAUACGCCCUUGCCGUAUACUGUUAUUCUUUCCUUAUUUUAAUAUUUCUUUUUCAAUUUCCAGUCGUGCUGCCGCCGCCAAAUUAUUUUCUCAACAACGAAUUGAAAGAUGGGCUUUUGAUGUAGAAUUAAUUUAUUUGGCAGAACGUUUAAAUUUUUCUAUCGCUGAAGUUUGUGUUGAAUGGGAAGAAAUUGACGGUUCUAAACUUACUCCUUUAUUGGCUGGAUUACAAAUGGGAAGAGAUAUUCUAUUAUUAUGGUUUAGAUAUACUUUUGGGUUUUGGACUAUUUCUCAAAAUUAAAGGAAUUUUAAAAGAAAAUGUUCAAUUUUUUUGAACUCCUAUAUUCACUUGUUUUAUUUGAUUUUUAUUUAAAUUUUUUUCUUCUAAGGGAAUAGCCAGUAAAUUGAAAAAACCCUUAUUUUUCUUUCCAAAUUUAAUUUUAUGAGCCUAGAAAUUUUAUUACUCCAAUACUUUAGCGGUGAAUUUUCGACUUUUUUGACACUCACAUUUGUGUGUCAAAUAUUGAGUGUGAAACAAAGUUAUAGCUGGUUCCUUGCGCCUUUUUCGUUAUACUCAACCACUUC